AGCUGAUCAGUUUUACAAACCAUGUCAAACCAUGUAAUACUGAAAACUGUCAUGUGAAACAUUUCGAAAAAUAUACAGAAUAAUGGAUUUCUUUUUAUUAAACAUAGGAAAAAAAUAGCAAAUAAUAAUUAUGGGUUUCUUUGAAGAUACGUUUGUUAUUCUUGUAACACAGGUUCUAUUCUUUUUAGGAGGAUGGGUUUUUUUCGUGAAAAAAUUGUUUCGCGAUUACGAAGUCCAUCACAGAUUGGUGCAAUUAAUUUUCUCGACUACUUUUUCAUUAUCCUGUACAAUGUUUGAAUUGAUUAUAUUUGAAAUUGUUGGUGUAUUAGAUUCUAGUUCUAGAUAUUUUCACUGGAAUGUUGGAUUGUACAUGCUUCUUUUUAUGGUGAUCGUAUUAAUACCAUUUUACAUUGCCUAUUUUAUUAUCAGCAACGUAAGAUUUGUAAAAUUAAACUUCAUACGACCGUUGACGAUGAUGGUCUAUCUAUUUUAUCUUUAUUUAUUUUGGAAAGUCGGCGAUCCUUUUCCCAUUUUGAGUCCAAAGAAAGGAGUGUUAUCCAUUGAACAAGGAGUGAGUCGAAUUGGAGUUAUUGGCGUAACUGUAAUGGCAUUAUUAUCAGGAUUUGGUGCUGUGAAUUAUCCGUAUUCUUCCAUGGCCUAUUUUAUGCGUCCAGUAUCAUAUGCCGACGUUCAAGCAAUCGAGAGGCGAUUUUUGCAAACUAUUGACAUGAUAAUUGCAAAAAAGAAAAGAAUUGCCUUAGCUAGAAAGGGACAAGUUGGGGACCAAACUGAGGGCCGUUCUCGACUUUGGGGAAUGUUGCCAUUAGGUGGCUUAACAGGAAAUCAAGAAAAUAUAAAACAACUUCAACAUGAAGUCACUGCCUCAGAGGAAUUGUCACGUCAACUAUUUUUGGAAGCUCACGAUAUUCAAAAUGCGAGAGAACGAUUAGAAUGGGCUGCGACAUGGCAGGGGAAAUAUUUUAAUUUUUUGGGUUACUUUUUCUCUAUUUAUUGUAUGUGGAAAAUAUUUAUUUCGAUAAUUAAUAUAGUUUUUGAUCGAGUGGGUAAAAAAGAUCCAGUGACAAGAGGAAUGGAAAUAGCGGUUCACUGGAUGGGUUUUAAUAUUGACGUCACCUUUUGGUCACAACAUAUCUCAUUUUAUCUCGUUGGAUGUAUUGUUGUCACUUCAAUCAGAGGAUUAUUAUUAACAUUAACAAAGUUUUUCUAUGCGAUCUCAAGUAGUAAGUCAUCGAAUAUUAUAGUUCUGAUUCUUGCUCAAAUAAUGGGAAUGUAUUUUGUAUCGUCAGUUCUUUUAAUGCGAAUGAAUAUGCCAGCCGAAUAUCGAAUAAUAAUAACGCAAGUCUUAGGUGAUCUUCAAUUCAAUUUUUACCAUCGAUGGUUCGAUGUCAUAUUUUUAGUGUCUGCCCUGUCAUCCAUAUUGUUUUUAUAUAUAGCUCACAAGCAAGCACCCACCGAACGUGCAUGAUUAAUAAUGAUAAAAAUCGUGCAUUUUCCCCCAAAUAAUGAAAUUUUGUUUCAAAACAAAUUUUUCUUUUUAAUCCUCCACACAUUCCACUCGUGAUUUUUUAUUUUUACAAAACAAUCUUAAAUGACACAAGUGAGAAAAAUCCUAACUUUUAUAAAAUAAAGGACAAUAUCAUGAAAAAGAAAUAUAUAUAUAUAGAUAGUUGAUAAUAUAAAUAAAUUUGUUUAAAUGGACAAAAGAAA